UUAGGACUUAGUGUACAAGGACCUUCUUGCAAUAAUUUGAAUUUUCUCUCUCUCCUAAACAACUUUGAAAUAUGACAGCUCUUCCCUGUCCCAAAGUGUUUGCUCUUCUUCUGCCUUCUUUUCUAACACACUCUCCUACCCGUUCCUACUUUUUAAUAAGCUUAAUGGAUAUUAAGAGAAAUGGUAAAGGGAAAGCGAAAGCUAGUAAGAGAAAAAAUAGAUCAGAUACAUAGGCUGCUUUUUCUUCCGAGUUCUGAUCUCUCAUCGCCCCUAUAAUUCUUUUGCAUUAGGAAGGAUCAUAAAACAGGAGAACCAAAAGAAACUAAUUCAAAUAAAUAAAUAAAUAACAUGUCUAGUCAUUGGGGCAUUCUUGUUUCAGAUCCAUGGCUCCAAAACCAGUUCACUCAGGUGGAGCUUCGCAGCUUAAAAUCCCAAUUUGUAAGCAUGCGGAGGGAGAAUGGGAGGCUUACUAUUGGCGACUUAGCGUCCAAGAUGUCAAGGAUGAAAGUUGUGGGAGAAAAUCUAAGUGAGGAAGAGAGAGCAUCUUACCUCAACAAUUUGUAUCCCAACACUGACGAUGAUGUCGACUUUGAGUUGUUUCUCAAGGUUUACUUAAAACUACAAACUUUUGCAAGUUCAAGAACUGGAAGUACUGCGAAGAACUCCUCAGCAUUCCUGAAGGCUGCUACCACCACAUUACUUCACACAAUAAGUGAAUCUGAGAAGGCAUCAUAUGUUGCACAUAUAAAUAACUAUCUUCUUGGAGGAGAUGAGUUCCUCAAAAAAUACCUUCCAAUAGAUCCUUCAACCAAUGACCUCUUUGAAAUUGCGAAAGAUGGUGUUCUUCUUUGUAAGCUUAUUAAUGUGGCAGUUCCGGGGACGAUUGAUGAACGCACAAUCAAUACCAAAAGAUUACUUAAUCCAUGGGAAAGAAAUGAAAACCACACGCUUUGUCUCAACUCUGCUAAAGCAAUAGGAUGUACUGUAGUCAACAUUGGCACUCAAGACUUAAUUGAAGGAAGGCGUCAUCUGGUGCUUGGAUUGAUUUCGCAGAUUAUUAAGAUACAAUUAUUGGCAGACCUGAACCUAAAGAAAACUCCUCAGCUUGUGGAGCUGGUCGAUGAUAGUAAGGAAAUGGAAGAGCUGAUGAAUCUUCCACCAGAAAAGAUCUUGUUAAGGUGGAUGAAUUUCCAUUUGAAGAAAGCAGGGUACAAGAAGAUUGUCACAAAUUUCUCCUCUGAUGUUAAGGAUGCUGAGGCAUAUGCUCAUCUUCUAAAUGUUCUUGCACCUGAAUACACAAAUCCUUCCACAUUGGCAGUUAAAAAUCCUUUCGAAAGAGCAAAGUUAGUGCUUGAACAUGCAGAUAAGAUGGGUUGCAAACGAUACUUGACUGCAAGAGAUAUAGUGGAAGGUUCCCCAAAUCUUAACCUUGCCUUUGUUGCACAUAUUUUCCAGCACAGGAAUGGACUUUCAACCCAAACAAGACAGAAUUCGCUGCUUGAAGCACUGCCAGAUGAUACACAGGACUCAAGAGAAGAGAGAGCCUUUCGCCUCUGGAUGAAUAGCCUUGGCAUUUCAACAUACAUCAACAAUGUCUUUGAGGAUGUCAGAAACGGGUGGGUACUCUUAGAGACUCUUGAUAAGGUGUCACCUGGGAUCGUUAAUUGGAAGAUUGCCAACAAGCCUCCUAUUAAGAUGCCAUUUAAGAAAGUCGAGAACUGCAACCAAGUUGUGAAAAUAGGGAAACAACUUAAGUUUUCGCUGGUAAACAUUGCUGGUAAUGACAUUGUGCAGGGAUAUAAAAAAUUAAUACUAGCUUAUUUGUGGCAAUUGAUGCGAUAUAAUAUUCUACAACUUCUGAAGAACUUGAGAUUUCACUCUUAUGGGAAGGAAAUUACUGAUGCUGAUAUUCUACAAUGGGCAAACAUCAAAGUGAGCAGCUCCGGAAGUCAAAGGCAAAUGGGUAGUUUUAAGGAUAAAAGUUUAUCGGAUGGAAUUUUUUUCCUUGAGCUUCUUAGUGCUGUACAGACCAGAGCUGUAAAUUGGGGUCUCGUGACAAAAGGAGUCACCGAUCAGGAGAAAAAGAUGAAUGCCACCUACAUCAUCAGUAUUGCAAGAAAGCUUGGAUGUUCUAUAUUCCUGCUUCCUGAAGAUAUCACUGAGGUGAAUCAAAAGAUGAUCCUUACAUUAACAGCUAGUAUAAUGUACUGGUUCUUAAAGCACCCUAAUGAAGAAAGAGCAGGCGGAAAUUCAGACAGUGAGACUGGGAGUCAAUUGGAGACUACAUCAAAUUCCACCGUGGAUGACUCUGCUUCUGAUUCAUCAGCAGAAGACAAUGUUUAGGGUACAUGUAAAUAUAAUGACCUUUUUGUGAUAAAUGAUUGUUAUAUGAUCCAUAAAAAUAUAAUAUCAAAACCCAAGGUUUUUUUGGGGUCAGGAAUGAAACCCAAGUUGAUCAAAAGAUCAAUGACACUAGGAAAACUAAUGUUGGAGAGUAAAUUUUGGUACAGCAAUUGUUGGAGGGAAUCCAAAUUUUUUUACGUCCUGCA